AUGGGUGGUGGUAAAAAUAGAACUUUCUACCGAAUUCCCAAGAAUCUGAGAAAAACAAGAGAUUCACUCUUAGAUUUAAUUACAAUUGCGAAAGGUGCCGCUUGUUGCGAAGCUUUACCAGCGCAAAGUCAAAAUGGAACAGUUUCAGCUGCAGAUAUCACUCCGUUCUGCGAUGUUAUCUUUUUAUAUGAAGUUACGGGGUGGAGUUGUAACUAUGAAGUUGCAGAAAAAAAUUUAGACAGGGAAACUUACAAACAAACACCCAGCUAUGCAACUAAUGCAAAAAUUCAUGCUAAAGUACUUCUUCAAAAUAGCGUUGUCACUACUGUACAACGUGAAAAGAACCUUCUAUCAAAAAAGAAUCGGAUAACGCUAAGUAAAUCUGAGAAAAAAUUGCCCAACUUAAGUUCUGUUAGCGUUGCUUGGAUUAACAAUAUGUCACAAGCGAAUAGAAUAAAAAGAGGUCUACAUGCACGUACAUGCAGCGAAUCGUCUAAGACAACAGCCAAGCGCAUCAAAAAAGGGUGUUAUUAA